AUGAUGAGAAUAAUAACAGCUAUUACUUUAACCCUUCUCCCUUGUUUGCUCAAUAUUCAUCCUCCUAACUUCUGCACUGCCCACUCUGACUCUGAGGUUCAUUGCAUUGAAAGCGAGCGACACGCCCUUCUCAACUUCAAGCAACACCUUACAGAUCCUUCUAACCGCCUUGCCUCUUGGGCUGCUGCUGCAUCUGACUUGGAUUGCUGUCAUUGGGUCGGUGUUGUAUGCGACAACCGCACCGGUCAUGUCCUCCAACUCCAUCUCAGAAGCCAUUAUCCUGUGUCGAUCGAGCUUACAAUUUAUGAAGACGAGCUUACAAUUUAUGAAGACUACCAAAGGGAAGCUGAAUAUGAAGCUUAUUCGAGGUCCAGAUUUGGUGGUAAGAUAAAUCCUUCUUUGCUUGAUUUGAAGCAUUUGAUUUACUUGGACCUCAGUGGCAAUGGUUUUGGUGGUAUUCAAAUUCCCAAUUUCCUUGGUUCAAUGGGGAGCUUAAGAUAUCUUAAUCUCUCCUAUGCGGGAUUUGUGGGAUUGAUUCCUCAAGAACUUGGGAAUCUCUCUAAUUUGCACUAUCUCAAUCUUGGACAUAAUUAUAAUUAUAAUAAUAAUGAUUAUUAUUAUAAUUUAUAUGUCAAGAACCUUCAAUGGCUCUCUGGUCUUCCUUUACUACAACACCUUGAUUUGAGUUCUGCUAACCUUGGCAAAGCCUCUGAUUGGCUACAGGAGAUAGACAAACUCCCUUCCUUGUUAGAGUUGCAAUUGUCAUAUUGCCAGCUUUCUGGUUUUGUCCCACCGAUACCUAGUAUUAACUUCUCAUCUCUCACCACCCUUGAUCUUUCACACAACAAUUUUGAAAACACUUCGAUUCUGUUUUGGGUCUUCGGUCUUCAUAAUCUGGUUUCUUUUCAUCUAUCUCACAAUCAGUUUCAAGGUCCAAUCCCUGAUCAUGUUCAUCUCCAGAACUUGACUUCACUUAGGGACCUCGAUCUAUCUCACAAUCAGUUUCAAGGUCCAAUCCCUGUUCAUCUCCAGAACUUGACUUCACUUAGGCACCUCGAUCUAUCUCAAAAUCAGUUUCAAGGUCCAAUCCUUGUUCAUCUCCAGAACUUGACUUCACUUAGGCACCUCGAUCUAUCUGUAAACACUUUCAACUCUUCAAUUCCCAAUUGGCUAUACAGUUUUAGUCAUCUUGAGUUCCUCAACCUCAAGGGCAAUAAUUUGCAGGGUACAAUCUCUAGUGCCAUUGGAAACCUAACAUCUGCCAUUAGCAUAGACUUGUCAUACAAUAAACUUGAAGGAAAGGUACCAAGAUCUUUGGGUAAUCUUUGCAACUUAAGGGAAAUUAGUUUGUCAGGCAACAAAUGGAGUCAAGAGAUAUCUGAAAUCUUUGAAAGUCUAUUAGGAUGUGCUUCAAAUGGACUAGAGAUCUUAGAUUUGUCUAAUGCUCAACUGUCUGGGCAGUUAACUGCUGAACUUGGGCAAUUUAAAAAUCUGGUCAUUCUUUAUUUGAGGAAUAAUUCAAUUUCAGGUCCAAUUCCAUGGUCUAUAGGAAAUCUUUCCUCUUUAAGAUCUUUGUACCUUGUGAGUAAUCAAAUUAAUGGUACUCUCCCUCAAAGUAUUGGACUGCUCUCCAAAUUAGAGUCUUUGUAUAUCGAUUCAAAUAUGUUGGAGGGUGCAGUAUCCAAAGUUCAUUUUGCCAAUUUAAUGAGAUUGAAAACAUUUGUUGCAUCUCAAAACAGACUGACUUUAGAAGUAAAUGACAAUUGGAUCCCUCCUUUUCAACUCAACCAUUUAGAUUUGGGAUCAUGGAAUUUAGGGCCGAAAUUUCCUUUGUGGCUCUGUUCACAAAGGCAACUUUUGACCUUGGGCAUCUCCAACACAAGGAUUUUAGAUGCAGUUCCUCCUUCCUUUUGGAACUUGACUUCUCAGCUUACUUAUCUAAAUAUCUCUCAUAAUCAGAUAUAUGGAGAGAUUUCACAUAUCCCAAUGAUUUUGUCCUAUUAUUCAAUAAUUGAUGUGAGUUCAAAUAACUUCACAGGUCCAUUACCUUGUAUAUCCUCUAAUGUGUCCUUCCUUGAUCUUUCUAACAAUUUACUAUCUGGAUCUAUUUCUCACUUUUUGUGUUACAAGAUGAAUGAGCCCAAAAGUAUGCAGUUCCUCAAUCUUGGAAAAAAUCUUUUAUCAGGGAAAUUAAGUAAUUGUUGGAUGAUGUGGAAAUACUUGACUGCCUUAAAUUUGGGAAAAAACAAUUUCACUGGUAGUAUUCCAACCUCCAUUGGAUCUUUGGUUCGUCUUUCGUAUUUGCACCUAGACAACAAUAGAUUCUCUAGAAUAUUACCAUCCUCUUUGAAAAAUUGUAAAUAUUUGGUGACCAUUGAUGUUGCUAAGAAUGAUUUUGUUGGAAGCAUUCCUUCAUGGAUAGGAAAUAAACUUUCAAGCUUAGUGAUUCUUAACCUUCACUCAAAUAAUUUUCAAGGUUACAUCCCGGAAGAACUUUGUUCUCUAACUUCACUCCAAAUCUUGGACCUUUCACAUAAUAAGCUAUUUGAAAGCAUACCUAGAUGUGUCCACAAUUUUAGUGCCAUGGCCACAAGUACCAAUUCAGAUUAUCCAUUUUAUUUAUAUCAAACAUCAAUAGGAUAUAAUUCAUAUAAUAUUUUGCAUUAACAAUUAAUGAUAAUUUAUGUAUUUCUUCCAGUAAGGAGUUUUCUCUCAAACUAAUAAGUUUGAUGGCAAUGCAUUCCAAAUUUUCACUAUUAAAAAUGUGGCUUCAGUGUUCACAUCACCAAGUUUCUAGUUGAACAUUCAGGUAAAUAAAAGAUCACAAUUCUUUCUUAAAUUUUUGAUUGGAUCUUCUUUCUUCUUGUCAUUGGUAAGAUGUUUCUCUAAAUAUGUAGGAUCUAUUUGCUCAGUUAUCAUUUGACCCACCAUGUUGUUCUAAUACUUGUGCAGGAUGAUCAAUUCUUCGCUCAACACAAUUUGAGUAUGAGAAGCUUUAUACUUUAUGUAUCUAAGUGUGUAAUUGUUAAUUAUAUUUCACCACCAGAGGUUGCUUUCCUAAGAAGAAUUACUGCAUGAUUUAAUUCAAAA